AUGACGGACAUGAGUGCUCUGUCAAAGAUCUCGGAGAGGAUGCAAAUACAUGAAGGAUUUGUCAAUUCCACUGAUUCUUCCACAACUGAUCUUCUGGCUUUCAGUAAAGAAGUAAGUAAUGCAACAAAGGAAUCUACGGAUUGUAUCAAAGAUGUCGCAAAAUACGCUACAAAAAUUAAUGAAGACCUGGCAAAACUGCGACAGUUGAUCAAAGACUUCACAGUACAGAUUGGAGACAAAAUGAACGCUCUCGCUGAAGCGGGGUUGUUUAAAGAUUUCUCAGACCCCACAUAUAGCGGGGAUGUAAGCAGUGGAAAACAUCUUGCUGAUUCAUCUGAACACCGUUUCAGCAGUGAUAGAUUUGAUAAGCAGAGGGCAGAAAAACUAGUGCUUUUACAGAAAAUUGCUGAACAGCAGCAAGAACUCCAAAAGGUGCUUUGUGAAACAGAGGGGCUUAUAACAAAAGUUGAGGAAACAGGGUUUUUCACGUUAGGAGACUUCGACAAUAUUAACGGUCAUCUAAACCAGUGGAUCAAAGGCCUAGAAACUGCAGAAGAACGUGAAGAGAAAAAACGACAGGAAGAGGAAAGGAAGCGAAAGGAUGAAGAGGAAAAGAAGAAAAAGGCUGAAGAAGAGGCAAAACAAAAAGCUGAAGAACAGAGAAGGAAAGAUGAGGAAGAAAAAAGAAGGAAAGAAGAGGAAGAAAGACGAAAGGAAGAACAGAGAAAAAAGGAUGAAGAGGCCAGAGCGAGACGGGAUCCGAAAAACUGGCCCACAUUCAUAUACGACAGACAAAAACACCACAACUUGUUCCAGCAUGGAAUUUGUUGCGCUGUGUCCGCCAUUACUGGAAGUCAAGGUCUAGAGAAGGAUGACAUCGUUUGCGCAGCAUUUGACAGUCACAUCGAUUUAGAGCGAUAUCCAAAAAAUAAAGAAGAAGUCCUUAUAUCAUCCAUGACUCAGAUCAAACCAACGAAGGGGAAGGAGAUAAAACUUGAUCUUCCAAUGAAAGUAUACAUCCCUAUUGCUUCUUCUUCAAUUGAUAAUCGAGAGAUAGUAGUCAAAAUUUCAAUGAAUGAUCAAAAGUGGAGGUUCGUAGAUGCAAAGGAAGAGAAACCUAGAGGGGUAAAAGACAUGGACACUCAGUUUGUGAUUAUUGAGAUCAAAAAUUUUCAAAGUUUGGAGGUUAUUGUGGUAUCUCGUCCAAAACGAGAAAACAUGAAGGUAAACGCAAUCGGUGGAUGGUUUGAACCCACAAUUGACAAGAAUGUGCGUAUCAUUGUUCCCCCGGGAUGCUUCAAGAACGAAACCGGGGUCCAUUUCAAGGUUGAUAAAGACCUGGCCAAUCGAGCACAAGCAGAUAAACAGUUUGAAAAUAUCAAAAUAGCUACGUCAUUGCUUGGAAUAGAGUUGGAUGAUGAAAACCUUAUGAACGUAGAAAUGGAAAUCUAUCCCGAUUUGUGCAAACUUAAAAAUGCGCCAAGGCAUCAAAAAGUUAUAGAGAAAUGCCGAAACAAGCUUGUUACGGAUAUGUCAGUUAUCCACAUAGCCACGCGCUUGCAUAAAGAUGGCAAAAUACAAGACGAAUGUUUAAAAGAAAUUAAGAGCAAAAAGACAGAAGGGAUGCAAGCAAGAAGACUGCUGGAAGAAUUUAAGAAUUGUAAUGCAGAACAAUUCGCCUCUAUAACCGAGGCACUGGAGAGAGAGAACCAGGGUCAUCUUGCGAAACUUUUAAAGAAAACAAUGGAAGAUAUCAAAAAUGAAGAAGCAAAUGCGGGCAGCGAUUUUGUUGGUGAAAGUGAUAAUUUAGAGUUACAAAUGGUGACCAGCAGCCAGUGCGGAGAUUGGACUGUGAUGAAGAAGGAGUCUCUCAAGGAUUUCCCAGACGGUGUCGUCAUUUCCUUACCGGCGAAAGGCGGGACUUUUGAUAUCAUGGGACUCAUUGUGCCCAAAGGUAUGGACAACAAAGAAAUAUCUCGUAUAGCAGAUUUGCUGUAUCGACAGUCUUACCAGAUUGACGCAAAACUGAUCGUUCGCCACAGUGAUACCGACCCCACCCAUUGUCUGGUGCGCUGUGUGGAAAACGAUAGAAGUAUAGAUGCUACAGACACGAUGGAAAAAGAGGGAUUUCAGAAAGGCCCCCCGGAUUCGCCUGCCUUUGGAAUUUGCGACGGAGAGGAAAUCAUCAUGAAAUUGGAAGGCAACCUUACUUUAGAUGCAGACAACAAAGUGGUUCGUCUGAGGUAUUAUUUGAACAUGGAUUUGGCAAGCGCUUCGUUCAAGAUCGACGUUUACAACAAAAGAGCUCAAGCUGAGGCUAAGGCUUUUUGUGGAGAGCUACGGUACAACGUAGGUGGUGCUGAUCAGGGUCCACCAAGGUGCGGAUCUAUGGUUCUAUCCAUACCGAAGAAACUCCACCGAUUUGCACCGCUGACACUUGAUGUUCAAGUGAAAGUUGCUGCUAAGUACUUAGCAUACCAUCUUCCAAACAGACAAACUCCAAAAUUGGAGGAUUUUUAUCUUUCUUUGGUUGACAAUAACCAUAAGAGAUGUCGAUCCAUAAAGAUGCGCGCUGACAAAGAAGCAGAAACAGGAACAUUUAGAGAAAUAUGUGAAGCGUAUAUCAAGAACUGGGCUAGUCAGAGACCGAAACACGAAAACAAGGUUCAGACGAUUUCAGACCUAUUAUAUUUCUUCUCUACAGAAUUUGCUGAUGAAUUUAAUUUGUUUAUGAAACCGUUUUCUAUGAAAAAUGGAAUACUUUCUAACAACGGCAUCGAAGAACUUAGUAAACAUAUUCACGACAAUUGGGAGGCUGUCGCUCAGAAUCUUGGUAUUGAUGGAGAUGAUGUCGACGCCAUUAAAUUUGAUUUUAAAGAUGAUGACAAAAGAGCCGUGCGCAUGCUUGAUAAAUGGCGUCUUUCUGACAGCGCCAUAGAAAAGGGAACAAACAUUAUGUCACAUUUGUCUGAAAGCUUGAAAAAAUCAAAAUGCAGUCAAACAGCUUUGAAAUUGGUAAUGGCGAAAACUUAA